CACAGCUCAUUACGCCUCUGUCUGAUUUUACGAAGAAAUUUUAUAGACCCAAAAACCCAAAAUGCCACCUCUCUGAGCAAGAUGAGUUUUUUUUUUUUUCCUUCUUGUUAUAGAACAAAUUCAAGAACUUUAAUGGGUGGGUAUAUGCAGUGAAAGGUGAAUAAAUCAGCUAUGAAAGGAGGUGUCCUUUCGGCUCCUGGUGAUUACAUCUACUUCAAGUCUCAAGUUCCUCUUCAUAAGAUCCCUGUGGCCAAUGAGUAUCACAAGUAAAUUGGCAUGAUAGCUGUUGUUUAUAGAAACAUGAAUGUGACUGGUAGGUGGACAAUGAGUAUCACAAGUAAAUUGGCAUGAUAGCUGUUGUUUAUGGAAAACAUCAAGUGUGUUCCUUAUUGGAUCAAAGCAGUGGCGAUAUUAUGAUUUUGGCCCGAAAGUAGUUCCCCCUCUCAUUUGCCUCCCUGGCAUAGCUGGUACUGCUGAUGUAUAUUACAAGCAGAUAAUGUCAUUGUCUAUGAAGGGUUACCGUGUAAUUUCCGUUGAUAUUCCGCGUGCAUGGAACAACCACGAGUGGAUUCAAGCAUUUGAGAAGUUUCUAGAUGCUAUUGAUGUUCAUCAUAUUCAUCUCUAUGGAACAGCCCUUGGAGGCUUCUUAGCACAACUUUUUGCUCAGCAUCGUCCCCGGCGUGUUAGGUCCUUGGUACUUUCAAAUACAUUUGUGGAGACCACUAGUUUCUCAGCUUCAAUGCCAUGGGCUCGUAUUGUUGGUUGGGCUCCUGCUUUUAUACUGAAACGGCAUGUGCUAAGUGGAAUUCGUGAUAGUCCCCAGGAACCCUUUAUUGCAGACUCUGUAGAUUUUGUUGUUUCUCAGGUUGAGACUCUCGAGAGAGAAGACUUGGCUUCCAGAUUAACAUUAACAGCUGAUGCUGCAUCAGUUGGACCUCUUCUUCUUCCAGAUUCUUCUAUCACUUUAAUGGAUACAAAUGACUAUUGUGCAACCCCUCAAUCACUCAAAGAUCAAGUGUGUGAAAGGUAUCCUGGCGCAAGAAGGGCAUACUUGAAAAGUGGUGGUGAUUUUCCAUUUCUAUCUAGGCCUGAUGAAGUGAAUCUUCAUCUUCAGCUACACCUGAGACGUGUUGGUGUUGAAGCUCGACCUGACUUGAUCCCUGGUGUUCCAAAGGAUGAUAGUGGUGGAAGUUCCAAAGAGCCAAACAACGGAAGAAAGGAUGCUGAUGAUUCAUCAGAAAAUGAUAAAAGAGACUCAGAAACUCCUCCUGCAGAAAGUGCAGAGCCCCCCUUGGCUCCAGAAGCUACCGGUUCUCACGAUUUAGAUAACCAACUCCUUAAGAUGGCCAAACUCUCCAAUGACCCAGGUGAAUCUGUCACACCUCCUUCAGAAAAUUCAUUUUUCCGUGACAAGCAGAACUUACUAGUCCAGAGAGCUCUUCUAAAUGUCACUUGUGAGAUUUUUAUUCUUAAUAUGCUGUCCCUUUACUUAGGGAACUGUACAUUAACUGGAAAUGUAGCUGCAAUGUAGACACUUGAUGGGAUAGAAUUUUUGUUCUUCAGUUUCUUUCUGUACAUUAUGGGUUGGGAAAGUGUCAUUGCAAAGACACUAUGAAAUUGAAGACUCAAGUUUGUGUUGGAAAAUCUUUAUAUACCAUGUAGCAGUUGCAAAUCUUUCAUAGUCCCAGAAUGUUGGAUUUGAGAAUCUAACGUAAAGUGAUGUUUGUUUCAGCAA